UCUUCUGCAGAGAUUGCUGCAAGGGAAACAAUAGAGCAGGUUAUGGCAGAUGCUCUUUCAAAGUGUGGUGCAAAACGAUCUUCAGUCCGAGCUGUUUGUUUGGCUGUAUCUGGUGUUAACCAUCCAACAGAUCAACAAAGAAUUCUCAAUUGGCUUAGGGAUAUAUUCCCAAGCCAUGUGAGGUUACAUGUUCUGAAUGAUGCUGUGGCUGCUCUGUCAAGUGGAACAAUGGGUAAACUUCAUGGAUGUGUACUGAUUUCUGGCACAGGGAGCAUUGCAUAUGGAUUUACUGAAGAUGGAAAAGAAGCAAGAGCAGCAGGUGCCGGACCUGUCCUAGGUGACUGGGGCAGUGCAUAUGGAAUAGCUGCAAAGGCGCUAACUGCAGUAGUAAGAGCUUAUGAUGGUCGUGGUCCAAGUACAAUGCUUGCAAGUAGUAUUUUGCAAAAACUUGGUCUUUCUUCUGCAGAAGAAAUAAUUGGAUGGACAUAUGCAGAUCCCUCCUGGGCCCGCAUUGCAGCCCUCGUUCCAAAUGUAGUGAUCUGUGCAGAGGCUGGGGAUGAGGUUGCAAAUAAUAUCUUACUAGAAUCUGUCCAAGAGCUAGCUUCAAGUGUCAAAGCUGUUGUAAAAAGACUUGGAUUGUCUGGUCAAGAUGGAAAGAGUGGCUUUCCCCUGGUGAUGGUUGGUGGUGUUCUGACAGCACAUAGGGGGAGCUGGGAUAUAGGAAAAGAAGUAAUUAACUGUAUUACCAAACAGUUUCCUGGGGUAAUUCCCAUUAGACCUAAGGUGGAGCCUGCUGUUGGUGCGGCAUGGUUAGCAUGGAAUUUUUUCAUGAAAGAAUGUCAUCACAAGGCUGAGAAUUGAUGUAAAGCAAGAAAAUAUAAUUCUUGAUGAUUAAAAGUGUAUAUUAGACAAGGACGAAAGUGUGGAUACCUAUGUGAUGCCAUGUAGUUUAUGUAUGAUCCAAUAUCUCUGCUGUUAUUGUUGUUUCGGUUCAUGGCACAUGGUAGGCUUAGUUCUUUGAGUCAUGAUUACCUUAGCUAAGGUGGUAACUGUGCUUGUGUAUAUAAUUUUUAGUGCCAUAAACAUGAUAGAGAAGUGUCUUCGUUGUCUUGUAGCUGCUGAUACUUUUUUCAUCAUGAAUUGUUUAGAGAAUGAAGAUGAGCAUUUUGGAACAGCCAA